AUGACUACAGCUGUUAAAUCGUGGGAUUUAAGUUGCAUUGAAAGGCUGGCAUCUUUAGCACCACCUCCCUUUAUGGAGCAUUACUACAGUAAUGAUUCAGAGAAGGACGACAUCUAUCAUAUAUCGUUUACUUUAUUGAAGAAUUACCAUAAAUGGAGAAUCGAAUGCCCAGAAAUAAGUGCAGAUUUACGACCAUCUUCCAUUCUUGGUCUUUUGCGGGCUGGCUACCAUGGAGUCCUGAGAUCAAGAGACCCAUCCGGAAGCAAAGUUCUAAUAUACAGAAUUGGACAAUGGGAUCCCAAUUUAUUCACAGUGUAUGAGGUGUUUCGGGUAAGUCUUAUCACAUCUGAACUCAUUGUAAAGGAGAUCGAGACCCAGCGAAAUGGAGUCAAGGCUAUCUUUGAUCUGCAAGGGUGGAGAUUUGCUCAUGCCUUUCAAAUCAGUCCAGCAGUGGCCAAGAAAAUUGCUGCUGUGCUCACAGAUUCCUUUCCACUGAAAGUUCGAGGUAUCCACUUCAUAAAUGAGCCUUUAUUCUUCCACCCAGUCUACGCUCUGAUUAAGCCUUUUCUCACUGAAAAAAUAAGACAGCGGGUACAUAUGCAUGGAAAUAACUACAUGGAGAGCCUGACCGAACACUUCCCAGUCAGCAUUCUCCCACAGGAAUAUGGCGGGGAGGAAGCCUCCAUGGAGGUGCUUGCUGAAGAUUGGACUAACUUUAUAAUGGCAUCUGCAGAGUACCUGCAGAGUAUUUCUCUGGCUUCCCAGCAAUAA